ACGCGACCUCCCAAGUACCUCGCCACGUCUGUCAACAUGUUCAUCCGAAGUGCCCUUUUGUCGCUUUCCGCCCUUGCGGCGGCGAAGGAAAUGCCAAAGGAUGAGUUCAGGGCCGCUGAGUUGUACGACUCAGGCAUCCGACACGCCAACAACAUGGCCAUCAAGCAUGAGCAUUGGGCCAUCCAGGAGGCUGCCGGUGCUUACAGGUCCGAGCAGUACAGGGAGGUGAAGGACAAGGUCGAAUGUAUCAACGGCACUGCUAUUACCAGCACGGAUACGUUCAAGUGCAGCAACCUCGAUCUCCUCCACUUCCUGUCGCACGCGGAACUUGGUAGCACUCGUGGUGUUGGCUCUUCGUCAUGGGGAUGGACCUCUGAUGAUGGGCGCGAAUUUGUUGCCAUCGGCCAGCAGGACGGAGCUGCAUUUGCUGAGAUCACCAAGGAAGGCAAGCUGUCGUACUUGGGACGCUUGCCUCAGUACUCCACGCCCAGCACGUGGCGCGAAAUCCGUGGUCAGAACAACCUCAUGAUCAUUGGAAGUGAGGCCGUCGACCACGGUAUCCAGAUCUUUGACAUGAAGAAACUGCUUACCGUCGAUCCGGCAAAGCCUGUGACAUUCAGUAACCAGAGGGAUCUUGCGGGUCAUUACAAGGGCCUUCCCAACGGCCGUACCCACAACGUUGUCACCAAUCCGGAGACAAACUUCAUCUACUCAGUUGGAGCGGUGCCUAGGACUUCGGCCUGCAAGUCUGGAAUCAUCUUCAUUGACAUCUCCGACCCAGCUAACCCUACGAGCCCUGGAUGUGCUUCCCAGGAUGGUUACGUGCACGAUGCUCAGUGCCUGAUCUACCGCGGACCUGACAAGGAGUUCGAGGGACGUGAGAUCUGCUACGGCUACAACGAGGACACACUCACAAUCUAUGAUGUGACCGACAAGAAGGCAUCGAAGGUCCUCUCAAUUACCUCCUACGAGGGCGCAGCCUACACUCACCAAGGUGUUGUCUUGGACCCAAUGAACCAGAAGUACUUGCUCCUCGAUGACGAGUACGAUGAGUAUGACAAGGUUGGCCCUGGAAUUCCAGGUAACCCCAUCACCUACAUUUGGGACAUUUCUUCGCUCCGAGCACCCAAGCAAACUGGACUUUACAAAUCGGGCGCCAAGGGUGUUGACCACAACCAAUACGUCGCCAACGGACUUGCAUACCAAUCCAACUAUGGCACCGGUCUUCGCAUAUUGGACGUACGAUCCAUCCCGAGUGACCCCACUGGUAACGGUGUGAAGGAAAUUGGAUUUUUCGACGUCUACCCUGAAGAUGACGACCUGCCCGGUGGUGGCGCUGUUGACUUUGUUGGCACUUGGUCGAGCUAUGGUCUCUUCAAGAGUGGCCACAUUCUGAUCAACACCAUGGAGCGUGGCGCAUUCGUCGUCAAGUUCCAGGAGGGCAAGGGCAUCUAGAAGUUUGGUUUAACAGCGAUGGCAUCGUACCCGGAACCUUUCUGCGCCUCUUUUCUGCAUAAUUGCAGUCACCUAAUACACAUAAUUGAUGCUUGACCACGACCACGAAAA